UAAAAAUAAAAAUAAACAUUUUAAAAAAUUAGUAAAUGAAAUGUGGCUUGCCAAUAAGUUUUGCUGUUGUAUAAAUUUACAAAUCGGCUGUACUAUUAUAUCUUUUUUUACCCUUUGCCUUUUUGCCGUUCACCUGGUAGAAUUCUUUCGAUUUAAAGAACAUAAUGAUUAUACUCAUCCAUCAGACUGGUUAAACCUUCUUUGGGGAAUUUUGCAUUUGCUGGCUUCAAUGUGUUUAUCAUAUUCUGUCCUGGUGGGGUCACUUAUUCCUAUUUGGGUUUACAUAAUUAUCGAGGUAAUUUACUUGAUUUACGUGAUCAUUUAUGCAUCAGUGUCGUGUGCUCUGAAGACAAACACAUAUGCGAACCUAGGCCUGAAUUACUGUAUUACGUACUGGAGUUUAAUUGUCUUAACGUUCGUAAUAAUAACAUAUUUCCUUUAUGUUGUAAGUUCAUAUUAUUUACUAAAAAGGCAACAACUCAUUGCUGCAAGUCACCAUGUAUAAGGAAAUUCAGUAACUAAAUAU